CACUUCCAAAUUCAGCUUCGAGGCAAACCUGUUUGUGCUUUGAGAAUUUUGCUUCCAUCACAAUGUCAGCAAGGAUGUUUCUCUCCCCCACCAUGCUCUCAAAUGCUUUGAAUUUCCCGAAAAAGAUUCACUGCUUAAACCCUCAAAAUCACCCCGAUUCCCUUUCUGUUCCCAUCCAAACCACCCCUGAAAUCCCUGACACAAAUAAUGAAUUUAAGCAAAAUCCUCCGAUUCCAGCCACAAAAACAGCUCCAUGGAUGAAAGGUCCUCUUGUUCUUGAACCCAAUCAAGUUAUUGACUAUUCAAAACCUAAAACCAGGAAGAAGUCUUCUGAUAACAAAAACGAAAAGGCCGAAAAAUUAUUGACCCAUAAAGUUAGAGGCGGAAGAGGCAAACACGCAAUGAAGAAAAUUUUGUACAGUAUAGAUAUUCUUGAAGAAGAAAACCAAGAAUUAGAGGAUACCCAGAAAAAUUUAGCACCAAUCGAUUUUGAUUUGUCAUUGGGGAAGUUGGACGAAGAUAGCGACGGAGGAGAUAAGAGAUUGUUUCGCCGGAAACUGCCGUGGGAAAGGGUGGAAAGAAUGGUGUUUAGGAGGACAAAAAGGGUGAAAGCGGUGACUGCAGCUGACAUAACCCUUAAUGAUGAACUACUUGAGAGAUUGAGAGACGAGGCUAGGAGGAUGAGGAAGUGGGUGAAUGUUAAGAAAGCAGGAGUAAACGAAGGUGUUCUUGAACAAAUUAGGUUAAUUUGGAAUACCGAUGAACUCGCUAUGCUCAAAUUCGACAUGCCCUUGUGUCGAAACAUGGAUAGAGCACGCGAAAUCGUCGAGAUUAAAACGGGAGGCUUAGUGAUAUGGAGUAAAAAAGAUACUCUUGUUAUCUACAGAGGAUGCAAUUACAGAGAGAUGCGAUCUAGUUUCCAUGGUGGAAAAGAGGAGACGAAGCCUGUACAAGGGUCACUUUACGAAAGGGAAACUGAUAGAUUAUUAGAUGGUUUGGGCCCUCGAUUUAUUGAUUGGUGGAUGCCAAAGCCAUUGCCGAUUGAUGCAGAUUUGCUUCCUGAAAUCGUUCAUGGAUAUAAACCACCUUCAAGACUUUCUCUAAUGAAUGCUCCAUCUAAACUCACAGACAACGAGUUAACUCACUUGAGGAAGCAAGCUUACCAUUUUCCUACCCAUUUUGUCCUCGGAAGAAAUCAAAACCUGCAAGGCUUAGCUUCCGCCAUUUUAAAGCUAUGGGAGAAAUGUCACAUUGCAAAGAUCGCAGUGAAAUGGGGAAUUCCCAAUACAAACAAUGAACAGAUGGCUUAUGAGCUGAAGGUUUUGACAGGUGGAGUCUUGUUGUUACGUAAUAAAUUCUAUAUAAUUCUUUACAGAGGCAAAGAUUUCCUUUCUCCCACCAUUGCAGACCUUGUUUCCAACAGAGAAAUGGAGAUCAGAAGUUUCCAACAUCUUGAAGAAACCACACGUUCCAACAUAAGUCAAACCUUUGACUAUAUUGAUGAAACUUUAUCGGAUCUUGAUCAUGUUAGCACCAUUGGUACAUUAAAAGAAUUCGAGAUGAUUCAGUCAAAACACCAUGGAUUCAACUCUGGAAUUAGUGAUUCCGAAGUUGAAACCGAAGCUGAAAAGUUGAAGUUAGAAAAAGAAAUCCGGAAUCAAGAACGCAAGUAUUUCAUUCUCAAGAUGAAGAUAAACAAGGCAUCAAAAGAGUUAAUGAAAUUAUCCUCUGCAUGCAAGCCCACAGAGCCAAAUGAGGAUCAAGAGAUUAUGACAAGUGAAGAAAGAGAGUGUUACAGAAAGAUGGGGUUGAAAAUGGAUAGCACAUUAGUUCUUGGGCGACGUGGUGUGUUUGAUGGAGUGAUAGAAGGUAUGCAUCAACAUUGGAAGCAUAGGGAAAUAGUGAAAGUGGUUACAAUGCAAAGAGUGUUUUCAAGGGUGUUGUACACUUCACAAUGUCUUGAAGCAGAAAGUGGUGGAAUUCUUGUUUCCAUAGAGAAAUUGAAACUUGGGUAUGGAAUAAUUAUUUAUCGUGGGAAGAAUUAUAAACGCCCUUUAAAGAUUUCAAGAAUUCUACUUAGUAAAAGAGAAGCAUUGCAGAAAUCUUUGGAGUUGCAAAGAAUUGGGUCAUUGAAGUUUUUUGCAAAUAUGAGACAACAAGCUAUUUAUGAACUCAAGUGCAAAUUGGAGAAGCUUAGCAAAUAGUUUUCAUCCUUUUGAGCCAUGUAGAUAUUCUCCUAGUUCUACUUUGCUUUUAGAUAUGAUAUUGGGAGAAUGGUUAUGUCUGGAAUGCUGCAAAGUGAAUCCUUUUUGACACAAUGAAAAAGGGAAAUCAACUAGAAGGUGGAAAGAUGGAUGAUCUAAAUGUGUAAUGCUCCCCCUCCCCACUUAGCCCAUUAAGACAUCUUUUAUGUAUUAGGUCAAAAAGAUACGUCCCUAUAUGUAUGUCUAGAUUAAGUCCUCUUUUUGCUUUUUAUCUUUUUAUUAAACAUGUUUUAGGUAAAAACUUGUUGAAUAUUCUAUAGUUCAAAAUUAUCG